AUGUCGAGCGUUGGAGGAUCCUCCCGUCUUCUCGUGGUUUGCUGUUUUGUGUCGUUUAUUAGCGCUUUGUUGUAUUGUGUUGGUUUUGUGAGGCUCGAGUUGCAGCUAGAAGCAUACAGUGAAAGACUCGAGACUCUUGAGCUAAAAGGGAAAUAUCUCAGGGAACAAGUUCGGAAGAAUGCAACAAAGGAUCUUCGUUCGCCACAUGUUCUUUCUCUCAGCUCCUCAACAAUAGAAAGAAACCCAAGAGCUGCCGAGACUCCUCCAAAAGGAGAUAAUGACGUUUUAACUUCAGAUAUACAACAACAAAUCGACAGAUCCGUUCACUCUGCAACACAAAAGAUCUGUACCAGUAGAAGUCAGAUUUGUGUACAAGGACCCCCUGGAAAGGUUGGACCACGAGGGCCUCAUGGUCCCCCUGGAUAUCCGGGGCUCCUCGGACCCCCUGGGAUGAAGGGACAAAAGGGGGAGCCCGGAGAGUACACCUCCCUGACUCCGACCUCCUUGCAACCAUUCAGGGGACAGGCAGCGGAUGUUAUUUCCGCCCUUGAGAUUGUGAUGACACCAGCUGUCAGGACUAUUGCAUAG